GCAGGUUUAGUGCUCAACACUGAGCCCACAGGCAGUGCGUUGUGUUGCCCUGGUCCAUGUCUGGUUGCAUUAUUCUGUAAAAGAAAUAUGUCCCCGUCCUGAAGGCUGGGUCUCUCUUUGUUCUGAUGCUGAAAUGAUGCUCUUACAUCUCUCAUCAGCCUCUAAGCUGAAAGCUUUUACACAUAAACCUGCGGCGUUUGCUUUCAUUUCGAAAAAAAAGAUGACAACACAGAAAGAGAAGGGAAUGAGAGUUUAAAGAAAGCCCAGCCGUGCAGUUAGCUGAUAACGGCUGAUAAAGGAGAGUUAAUCCUCGCUCUGUGACGGGCCACGGCAUCAGGCGGCCCGAAUGCAAUCCGCUGGCUUUAGCUUACAGUGUGCUGCAUUACAGAGCAUCCCCUGCAUGGCCUUUGUGUUCCACCACAAUGGAACCGCAUCAGAUGGAGUCGAACUGGAAAGUGCUUACUGCCGUGUUUCUGUUUCCAAAGUGAAAUCCUUUCUGAGGACAUUUGACAGUAAUCUGGCUCUUUAAUAGUAUUCCUUUGCUGCAUUGAUGCUCUUAAAGGCCUUGUUUUUAUUGACUGAUUUAUCAUAACUGAAGUGAUUAUUGUGGCAUUUUGUGCUUUAAUUAUUUGUCCCUUCAGGACUUUAAUUGCUCUUUGAUUGAGCGUUCCUGCAACUCCAAACCUCUGCAUCACGCCACAUGAUGCAUGUGCAUACUGCGAGGUAAUGCAAUGGGAAUAAAGACUGUCAGGUUUAUUGUGAGAAGCUGUUUUGAGAAGAGGUGUAUUUGCAGGCUUUAGGACCCAGUUCCUCAGUCUGGGCCUAAACCACACUCCCUCCUGCAGACACUAGCGCAGAGCAGUGCUGCCGCUCAGCUGAUGCACUCACAGCAGACCGAGCCUUGAUGGUGUUUCCUCCGGUCCGUUCGUCAGGGUCCGAUCGUCCACCGUCUGCCCCUUCGUAAAACCUUCUGCUUUACUGAGCCGCAGGAUCCCUGCCGGCUCUCCUCUGGCAGCAGCAGAGGACUGUGGAGAGCUGAGGCUGUGCUGGAUCAGGAGAGGGAUGGUGUGAUUCUGUGAAGAGAGGAAGAGAGACGCUCCGGCAGCAUCAUCUAACCCCCCCACCACACACACCUCUCCUAGACCCCCUUCUGUCUGGCCGACGCUCUCCCCAAUAACACUCCUGCAGUCCAGACAGGCGAGCAGGAAACAUGUCACAGACUAGGAGGAGCACGUACACCCGGACCAGCGGCAGCAGCAGGAUGAGCUCGGACGGGGGCGGGCGGCCCGUCAAAGUGGGCUCCCUGGUGGAGGUGAUUGGGAAGGGGCAGCAGGGCACGGUGGCCUACAUCGGCAACACGCUCUUCGCCUCCGGGAAAUGGGUGGGAGUCAUCCUGGACGAGGCCAAGGGCAAGAACGACGGCACCGUGCAGGGCAAGCGCUACUUCACCUGCGAGGAGAACCGUGGGAUAUUUGUGAGACAAUCGCAGAUCCAGCUGGUUAACGACGGGGCCGACACAACGUCUCCGGAGACGCCUGAGCCCGGCACCGGCACCGGCACCGGCACCGGCACCGGCACCGGCAAGGUUCCCAAACGAGAGAUCCUGGGGACGCCCAAGUCCACGAAACUGCGAGGAGUGAAGCCCAAAAAGGUGCUGCAUGUUUCUGUGACCUCGACUCCUGCACCCCGGAAGACCACGGCCAGAAGGCCCAAGCAGCCCAGCCGACCUGCAGGGGGGAGGGGGGCUGCGUCCGGCUCGGCCUCGGCCUCUGCUGGGGAGAUGAGCAGCAGCGAGCCCAGCACGCCGGCCCAGACCCCUCUGGCUGCUCCGGUCAUCCCCACCCUCCACUCCCCAGGGAACCCUCCGGCCCCCGGCCCCAGCAAGGAGGAGGAGGCGCUGCGUGUUCAGGUGAAGGACCUGGAGGAGAAGCUGGAGACACUGAAGAUGAAGCGGACGGAGGACAAGGCCAAGCUAAAGGAGCUGGAGAAGCACAAGAUCCAGCUGGAGCAGCUGCAGGAGUGGAAGACGAAGAUGCAGGAGCAGCAGGCUGAGCUGCAGAAACAACUGAAGGAGGCCAAGAGGGAGGCAAAGGAAGCCCUGGAGGCCAAGGAGCAUUACAUGGAGGAGAUGUCGGACACAGCGGACGCCAUCGAGAUGGCCACGCUGGAUAAGGAGAUGGCCGAGGAGAGGGCGGAGUCUCUGCAGCUGGAGGUCGACUCCCACAAGGAGAAAGUGGACGAGCUCACCAUGGACCUGGAGAUCCUCAAGCACGAGAUCGAGGAGAAAGGUUCGGAUGGUGCUGCGUCCAGUUACCAUGUGAAGCAGCUGGAGGAGCAGAACGGGAGGCUGAAGGAAGCUCUGGUCAGGAUGCGUGACCUGUCGUCGUCGGAGAAGCAGGAACAUGUGAAGCUGCAGAAGCAGAUGGAGAAGAAGAACGUGGAGCUGGACACUCAGAGGAGCCAGAAGGAGAAGCUACAGGAGGAGAUGACAGUGGCAGAAAAGACCAUCGACGAGCUCAAAGAACAGGUGGAUGCAGCCUUGGGGGCGGAGGAGAUGGUGGAGAUGCUGACAGAGAGGAACCUGGACCUGGAGGAGAAAGUCAGGGAGACGAGAGAGACGGUCACUGACCUGGCGAUCGAGAUGGAGCUGAGGAAGAUGGAGGUGGGUCAGGCCAACAGACAGGUUUCUCUUCUGACCUCCUUCAUGCCCGAGUCCUUCCUUCGUCACGGCGGAGACCACGAUUGCAUCCUGGUGCUGCUGCUCAUGCCCAGACUCAUCUGCAAGGCCGAGCUGAUCAGCAAACAGGCCCAGGAGAAGUUUGACCUGAACGAGAACUGUGUGGAUCGAGCCGGGCUGAAGGGAGCCGUCGGGGAGCAGCUGAGCUUCGCCGGCGGUUUGGUCUACUCGCUGAGUCUGCUGCAGGCCACGCUGCACAAAUACGAGCAGGCUCUGGAUCAGUGCAGUGUGGAUGUCUAUAAGAAGAUCGGCUCUCUGUACCCGGAGAUGAGCGUCCACGAGCGUUCUCUGGAUUUCCUCAUCGACCUGCUGCACAAAGACCAGCUGGACGAGACGGUCAACGUGGAGCCGCUCACCAAGGCCAUUAAAUACUAUCAGCACCUGUACAGCAUCCACCUGUCCGAUCAGAACGAGGACUGCACCAUGCAGCUGGCUGAUCACAUCAGAUUUACCCAGAGUGCCUUGGACUGCAUGGCGGUGGAGGUUGGUCGUCUGCGGGCGUUCCUGCAUGCGGGUCAGGAGAAGGCCGACCUCGCCGUGCUGCUGAAGGACCUGGAGACGUCCUGCAGCGACAUCCGACAGUUCUGCAAGAAGAUCCGGCGCAGGAUGCCGGGAACCGACGCGCCGGGCAUCCCGGCAGCUCUCGCCUUUGGACUGCAGGUGUGCGACACCCUCUCAGACUGCAGGAAACACCUGACCUGGGUGGUGGCGGUGUUGCAGGAAGUGGCGGCAGCUGGAGCUCAGAUGAUGUCGCCUCUUGGUGAACAGGAGGGGCUGUCAGCCGUCAAACUGGAGGAUGUGGCGUUCAAGGCAGGAGAGCAGAUUUAUGGAUCCCAGGGUGCCAACCCCUACGAGUGUCUGCGGCAGUCCUGUGGCAUGGUCAUAGCAACCAUGAACAAGAUGGCCACCGCCAUGCAGGAGGGAGAGUACGACUCAGAGAGGCCUCAGAACAAGAACCCUCCACCUGUGGACCUGCGAGCGGCAGCUCUUCGAGCUGAAAUCACCGACGCCGAAGGUCUCGGCAUGAAGCUGGAGGACAGAGAGACGGUCAUCAAAGAGCUGAAGAAGUCCCUCAAGAUCAAGGGGGAGGAGCUGAGCGAGGCGAGUGUCCGUCUCAGUCUGCUGGAGAAGAAGCUGGACAGCUCGUCCAAAGACGCAGACGAACGCGUCGAGAAGAUUCAGACUCGACUGGACGAGGCCCAGACUCUGCUGAAGAAGAAAGAAAAAGAGUUUGAGGAGACGAUGGACGCUCUGCAGGCCGACAUCGACCAGCUGGAGUCGGAGAAGGCCGAGCUGAAGCAGCGAAUCAACAGCCAAUCGAAGAUGACCGUCGACGGGCUCAGAGGAACCGGCCCGUCAGGAAUCGCUUCCAUCGUCACGGGAGUGGCAGGAGAGGAUCAGAAAGCAGCCAACGUGAUGCCCGGUGCCGGGUCGGGUGUCCAGGUGAUCGACUCUCCUCUGCUGACUCAGCAGAUUGAUGCUCAGAGACUCUGCAUCAAACACCUGAAGAACGACAACAACAGACUGAAGGCUGAGAAGAUGCGCGCUCAGCUCGCCUCUCUUCCUCCUCUUCAUGUCACCAAACUUCCUCCCAGAGACGGCGGUCGUCCUGCAGUGCUCUCCAGCGCCCUCUACCGCAAGACUGACCAGCUGCUGGACACGCUGCUGCAGAUGAGUGCCAACGUCAAAGUGGUGGACAUCACCGGGAAGUCUCCUGUGACUCCUGGUGCUCAGCUGCUGGAGCAGACGGCUAGACUACAGUCCCUCAGCGACACUCUGGGCCGCCUGAAGGACGAAGUAGCUGAGCACGUCGUCCACCAGCAGCCUGGAGCUCGAGCGUCGUCUGAUUUUGCGACGUUCCCUUCAACCUUGUUUGUAAAGGCGAAGGAGGAGAAGCAGGGCGACACGGUGCUGGUGGGUCGGGUCAUGGUGCCGUGUAACCGCGGCCAGGAGCAGGUCCAUCGCCUCGUCCUGUCACAGUCUCAGCUGCAGAGAGUUCACAGUCUGCUGCAGACCUAAACGUCACCUGAGAUCCUGCCUGCUGCACCAACACAACACCACCACAACCACCA